GCCCCGCCCCUUCCGCCCGGCGCCCCCGUCAUGGAGGCCGCCCGCCGGGCCCACGAGGCCGCGCUGCGCCUGCUGCUCUGCCGGCCCUGGGCGCGGGGCGCGGCGACCGGGCCGAAGCCGCGCGCGUCCGAGGUGCUGACGCGGCACCUGCUGCAGCGGCGCCUGCCGCCCUGGACGUCGUUCUGCGUGCCGUACAGCGCCGUCCGCAACGACCAGUUCGGCCGCUCGCACUUCAACUGGCCGCUGCCCGGCGCCAACUACCACGUGCUGCGCACCGGCUGCUUCCCCUUCAUCAAGUACCACUGCUCGCGGGCGGCCUGGCGCGACCUGCGCGCCCAGGACCGCUGCUUCACGGCGCUCAAGGCCCUCAACCUGGGUGUCCCGACCUUACUGUAUGGGAUCGGCUCCUGGUUCUUUGCCAGAGUGACAGAGACUGUGCACACCAGCUCUGGGCCAGUCACCAUCUAUUUUCUGCUCAAGGAAGAUGAAGGCGCCAUGUUCUGAGAGCCUGCGCAGAGAACACUGACACCCAGCCUCUCCUCCUGCGCCCACUAUCCGCACAGUGUUUAUUUUUGGUCUGUGAAAAUAAAAGUCUUGCGAACCCAU